ACCGCAUCAGCCGAGCUAGAUAUUUGCAUUCCGUCCGCUGAAAUUCCCAGCCGAGAUGUCUAGUUAUGAAGUCGAACACAAUAUCUCCGCUAAGGAGAAGUCCGAACAUCCUCCCCGCCGUCCUGACCUCUCCACCUUCUUCUCUACUCUUGAGCUUGUCGACACCUCAGAUCCACAAGCACAUCACAAUGUCCACGCUGUCCCCCAACCUGAAAACAUGGCAGCAGCUUUUCGCUUGCUUGCAAACGCGUUCGAGAUGAUGCGCGGACAACCCGCGGACGAAGCGGGCUACAGGCAUGGCGGAGAGGGAGAUCUAUUGGCUAGCAUGAUUGAGGUCUUAAGACAGAAUGCGGAUGACCCGCCGAGUGAGCUGAAGGGGGUUCCUGACAGCUUCUUGGACGAGCUAGAGCGGGUACCCAACAAGUCACUAAAGAAGACUGAUACGUGCCCAAUAUGUGUAAAUCCAUUUCUUGAGGACGAGUAUCCGCUGGUUGUGCAGCUUCCAUGUCAUAAGGACCAUCGGUUUGAUCUCGACUGCAUACGCCCAUGGCUGAAGCUCAACUCCACAUGUCCUCUUGAUCGCAAGGACCUGCUCGAGAAGAAGCAGCCUCCACCUCCUGAAGAUGAUGAAGAGGAAGAAUACGACGACAUGUACGCCUAAGCCCAAUAAAAGUGGUGUGACGACCCACACUAUUGCCAGGCCCGGAGCACGAGGCAUCCCACUCAGAAGAGUGAUUCUACGCGCCUUUAACUUCUUGAUUUGGAUGGGGAGAUGAAGAAUAGACGAUGCCUUGCAAUUGGAUUGGAAUUUCAAAUUCAACUGCGCUCGAUACUGAAACCAUCAGCUGAUUUAUCGCUGGACCUGUCGCGAUUGCGUAUUAUUGCAGGCCAGCAGAGCUUGUCUCAGCCUCGUGGAAAAAGCGGCUGGCUGGGAUUUUACAUAAUGUCAAAUCAACUUUGAGGCGUUACGGCUCACCCUUAGUGAGAGGCUGUGCGAAAAC